AGAGCUAGCAUGCAUGUAGCAUCGUCCGUGGUUCGGGGGACGCACACCGUACGCUCGAGCACGGCGAGACUCUGCGCAACGCAUGUGCAUGUGCAUACCUUGUACAUCGAUACCCUCAAGCAGCACCGAGACGCUCAGCGGCAUCCCGCAGGUGGGCGGGGUGGUGCGGCGGCGGACGCGGACAAGGUUUCUCGUUCCUCAUCCCAUACGUAGCACCGCUACCGGUCACCGCUCAACAUGGCCACAUCACGUUCGGCAGCAUCUUCCGGCCGGGCUCCCAUUUCAGGAGCAGCUGGCUCAGCAGCCCUGCCACCAGUGACGCCCGCAGCAGGCAGCAAGUACGCCAGCAGCAGCGGCAGCAGGCGCAACCGCAGUCUCCGGCCCAUGAGCGCCAAGCAGCUCGACAAGAUCCAACGCAACCUCGUCGCCGUCGAGCGCUCGACGCGCAACCGCGUCUCCAGUGGAGCGUCCGCCCGGUCGGAAGAGGGAGAAGAGGGCGCAAUCGACCAGGAAGCCGACGCACAGAUUGCUCACGCGCAAGCGCUCGCUGCCGUUGCUGCUGCUGCUGGCAGCGGUGUUGGUAUUGAUGGCAAUGGCGCCGGCAGCAGUGCGGGCAACAGAAGGACCGAGGAGGAGGAAGUGCUGGCGCGCUACGACCUGCGCGAGGAGCACUACCUCAGGCGUCCGACACAGUCCAGCUUGAUCAACAAGCUGACCGGCUCCUCCGUCGCUGGCACGACGGCGAUGCCCUUGGACGACCCGCGAAAGCAACAGCAUCCUGCAGCCGCGCUGGCGCUCAGCCGCUCGGGCGCAGCGGUCUCCUCCAGGGACGUCCGAGGUGCACAGCAAAACAUGGCAAGGGGGAGAUCACAAGGGGCGGGUGCAGGUGCAGGGAACGAGAGCUUCAUGCACGAAGCGAGCUUCGUACUCAACCCGCUCAAUCGGCGCACCACCGCCGCGUCGCCCCGCCAUGCGCGCGGCACAUCCGGCGCAUCUGCUUCGACCAACACGGCUGUCCAUAGGGCGAAAGGCAAGGGGAAGGAAAGAGAGAACGACGAGGCGCUGUUUGCACGUACAGCCAGUAGGGCAGCCAAUGAUGCAAAGCAGCCUUCAGUUACGAAGGCGAAGGAAGUGGCGAAUGCAGAUACCGAUCCCGACCCCAAUGCGGACACAGACGCAGACGCAGGCCUAGACGCAGACGCGGACACCCCCGUCCUGCCGAUGAGGGACAUGGACAAGGAGACGCAGGAGGCCUUCAUCCUAGAGGAUCUGCUCUUUGUCCUGCAGGGGAUAGAGGGCGACUACAUCCACUACGCUUCAUCUUACCACCCCUCAAAGCCGGCGCAUGCUCUGCGCGGGCCGCGCUUCUCCAUCGCCGACCUGCACCUUGACCCGUCGCUGCGCGACAUGGCCGAGCGUAUCCUGCCCCUCGCCACACUCUUUGCCGCCAUCGACGCGUUUGCGCAGAUGCAGGGCGAGCUCGCGUUCGGCACCGUCGCGCAUGCGCUCUGCGCCGCGAUCAAGGAUUUGCUCAAGGAAUAUGAAAUGCUGCUCGUACAACUCGAACACCAGUUCAACACCUCCGCCUCGUUCACGCUGCAAAAGCUGUGGUUUUACUUGCAUCCGACCUUGCGCACGCUCUCGCUUGUCCACGCGCUCACGGCCGACAUUGCCGCCAUCUCGUACGCGAACAUCUUUGAGGAGCAGGAUGAGGAAGAUGACGACGAUGAUGAUGACGAUGACGGCGAAGAUGACAACAGUGACGCCAGUGGCAGUGGGCGCGGCAGGACCGGGAGCGACGCCAGCCUCGAGCGUCAGCGCCGCGCGCUGCUCGGCUUGGACGACCCGGACGACGAGGGAGUCGAGGGUGGCAUCGUCAAGGGGGGCGAGAUCCUUGCGAUGCUGUGGGAUCGAGUGACGAGGAUGAGUGGCGAUCCAUCGGCGCACGCGCUUUACCUCUCCCUUUUCCGCGCCGCCUCGCAGCCCUACAAGGCGACGCUGCUCCGCUGGAUUUCGACCGGCCAGCUGUCGGACCCGUACGAGGAGUUCAUCGUCAUGGAGGACACGCGCGUCACGCGGGCCAGCCUCGAGCAGGACCCGACGGACGAGUACUGGGAGCGCAGAUACACGCUCCGCGAUGAGACGGUGCUUGCCGCGCGCGAGCAGCUGCGGCAGCAGGGCCUGCUCGCGUUUGACGACGACGAUGAGGAAAACCAAGAGGACCAGAACGCAGGCGGCGACGCAGAGCCGGGCGGCGGCGGCGGUGUGGGGCGAGGAAGGAGUGGUGCAGAGGACGAAAGCGCAAGAGGGAUCCUGACAGGCGGAGCGAAAGUGCCCGUUUUUCUCGAGCCCUGGAAGCAGAAAAUCUUGCUCGCUGGCAAGUACCUCAACGUCAUCCGUGAAUGCGGGAUAGACAUCACACGCUCCGAGCAUGGGCAUGGAGAUUGGCUGGUCAGCGUUCCUGCUGGCAUGGAUGAGUCUCUAGUGCUCAACGACCCAAACUUCCUCAAAUGCAUUGAGCACGCUUACGAACGCGCGAAUACGACGCUCCUCAAGCUCCUCAUCAACGAGCAACACAUCAUUCAACGCCUCCGCUCCGUCAAGCACUAUUUUGUCAUGGAGCACAGCGACUUCUUCAUGUCCUUUUACGAGCAGAGCAUCCGCGAUCUCCGCAAGUUCGUCGUUCCCGGACGUGUCGGCUCGAUCCCCAUGCGCCUCGGCCAGCAGCUCGGGAUGGUGCUGGGAUCAUCGACAACCAUUGGUUCGGACGACCCGUACAAGGAGGACCUCCGCGUAGAGUGCAACAACGAGAAGGUGUACAGUCAGCUGAUGCGUAUCGCCGAGACCAAAGGUGGCAUCGAGGCCGCUAAGGCGCUCGCACGGCAAGAGAAGAAGGACAGGGCUGUGCAGCAGUUCAAAGUCAUGGAUGUCCUGCAGUUUGACAUCGCGGUUAAGUUUCCCGUCUCGCUCGUCAUAUCCAAGAAGAACAUCCUCCGCUGGCAGUUCCUGCAACGUGUCUUGCUCCACCUUAAAAUCCUCGAGCGGCAGCUCGUGGAGAUGUGGAGCGAGCACCAGGAGUCAUCCUGGCGGCAGGUAACAAAGGGCCAUGCGCCUCUGCAGCAAUGGAAGAACCGGAUCUUCAAACUGCGCCACAGCAUGACGUUUGUCGUGCAGCAGGUCUUGGCCUUCAUCACCAAUGAGAUCAUUGAGCCUGGCUGGGACGAUUUGGAGAACAAGAUGGCCAACGCCAAGACGGUCGACCAGUUCAUGCGCGACCACUUUGACUUUCUCAACGUCGCUCGCAAGCAGGCCAUGCUUACCGACUUUAAGUACCUCACUUUCCACACACGUAUGACUACUGUUGUCGAGUACUUUGUCGAUCUGCGCGCCAACUUUCGAGACCAGCUACAGAAAGAAAAGGCUGCGUUUGAGCAGCUGUCACCAGGCGAGAGUCCAUCCAUUCAUCCAGGAGUAGUCAAAUUCGUCGAUCAAGUUGAGGCGGCGUGGAUGAAGCAGUCCAAGAGCUUUCGGGAUUGUGUCAUCUUGCUCUCAACCACCGAGAACCCAGCUGCUACUCCCCUUGCUCAUAAGUUGCAAGCUGCCACGCUGUUCUAGGCCCACCCGUCUGCCGCUACCGGCCCAGUAUUGACAUGCAAGCCUAGUCCUUGGGGUCGCACGCAUUUUCAGUUGCGGGGUAGAGUUGACCACGUCUGGUCAUGCAUUCGCUUUAUGUACAGAGCAUGCAAUGUCCAAUGCAAGGUUGGAGGAUGUCCGAUAAACGGGCGCUCU